UUCAUGACCAGGCAGUAAUGGAUUCACUGUGAGGUCCAUUAUUUUAACCAAUCGCCAGCUUAGACAUAUUAUUUGAUGAUGAAUUUCACUGCCAGUCAGACACAAGGAUAAGUUGCCUCCAUCUCCGAUGCCAUAAUUGGCUAAAUGUGUCUCUAUCUGUGUAAAUAUAAUCCAGAAUUCUGAUAACAGCCACCACACCAUUACUCUAGUCAGUGGCUAGACGUGCUCGGAUUAUUCAAAAGUCAUCAGUGUUCCAUAAGCUGCAAGCAGUUUUUCACACCUGCAUUAUCUAACAUAUAAAAAAACAUGGAGGAUACCCACGAUCAGUAACCUUUGAAGCGUGCUACAGUGAUCGCAGGUCGCUAAUGGCACUUCUUGCCAUGAACCCUGAAACAAUUACAGUCUUGCGAAGUUUGUCCGUGGAAAAAACAGUCUGGUGAAUGUGAUGGCGUGGAUCUAGCUGAUAACUGAGAAUGAUGGCAGAUUCUGUUCAGUGGAAACCAAGGAUUUUGACAGUUUGGUGUUUGAACUGUAAUCUGGACUAAUGUCUGCGAUGACUGGACGCGGGGCACUGAAUCACAUGUCUUGCAGCAAUAUUGCUGAGUAUUUGUCCAAACUUGGUGUCAGUGCCACUGGUGUGAACGCUGUUCGAGAGCACCAGGUGGAUGGUGAGGUGUUCACGGAGCUGACGGACAAUGACAUCAAGGAUUUGUUCAGCAUCUUCAAAGACAGACAUCUUGUCAGGAAGAUCCUUCAAGGAAAGGACAACAACCCUGUUCAAACACAUCCAAUCAAAACCAAGGAUAUACCAACCCCAGAGCCAAUCAGAGUUCAGAAAACUGCCAACAGUCAUGUUUCCGAAUCAAUCAGAAAUGUUCGAAGUGACAGUGGAUUUGGAUCUUACGCAGCUGGUACGAAAGAUAACGUUCUGUCAGAGGAGCAGUUUCACCUGAUUCGAUCCUUUGAGAAACUAACAGACACAACAGGUGCUUGUUAUAGAGCUGAUGUCAACACGUACCAAGGACUGUGCAAAAAUCCUCAUGGCACCAGUAUCCAUGACAACCAGACUGAGACACAAACUCAUCAUGUUCCGAUGCCAUUAUCUUACAGCAAAUCUGUGACAGAACCCUUGAAACAUUUUACAUUCAUUCAAAACAGCUCUACAAGAGAUUCCCUACCUCAUCAUCUAAAACCUCAGAACUUAAGCCAAGACGGGUCAUCAAAAGCUUCUACCAAAGCAAGCACCAUUGGAACUGACUACAGAGAAUACCCAAGACAAUCUUCCCAUGCUGCACUAUCACACUUCAUUCAAAGCAAGUCACGGCUAGCUGCUGAGAAUGAGUCUCAUGCCCCGGCAGAUCUUUCCCAAUCCAACAGACAUCAGUCCCCGUUUCAGGCAGAACAUGAGCUGACGGAUUCCAAGUUUAUUCCAUCAGUGUUGACCCACCGACUGACCCAGUUUUCUGGUCUGGACCUUCUCAGCAGGAAGGCAAAGCAGGGAAAACCCAGUGAGGCCCAGAGACUUGGGCAGAUGGUGGUCCGGGAGGCGUCGUCACGCGCAGGCAUUUGGGAUGAUCCUCCUUGUCUUCAGCUCCUCACUACCAUGCAGAAGGAGAUGUUCUUUGAGUAUUCAUUUUUCAUGGCUCCCAAUCUGAGAGAGUACAAGGACCUGUUGUGGAAGAGACUUGGAGAAGCUCUGUUGAACCGCCGUAAAUACCUCCGAGACAAGGUACUGGGCAAACGUGGUAAGAGGCUGGAUGAACAGUCAGCUUCUUCGGAUGUAGAUGUCAUUGAUUUGGACUACUGCGACUCUCCGGAACCUGCUGAAGACUUUGAGGACCAGGUACCGGAUACUUCCACCUCAUCUAGUCAGGGCGACAGAGCAAGGAAACCACCCAACUGGAAUAAUGGCCCCAGCUCCACCCUAAGUCGACCAGACAUCUCCGACAAUCAGGUCCCGAUGAUGUACAACACUGCUGAAGAUGAAGACAGACAGACAUACCCGGACUCCACAAUGGACACUCAGAACAGUGCAGAGUCCGAGGCAGACCACAAGCAGCAGAUGGUGAGAGACAACGAAGAAGUGUUCCGGAGGAAGAGGAGUGCUCUGGACUGUUCUUCCUCCAGCUCCCAGAACCUGUCUCUCCUGUCCUCUGCUGCCUGUUCUGCUCUCAAGGAAGAAGCUGAGAUGAGAUACAGGACUGAAAUCAAAAGGCAAAGAUAUUCGGAAGACUUCCACAUGGUGGACUUUGAGGAUGGGCAAGUGGAUACGCGAUGUGAGCCACCUGCUGACAUUGAGAAGGUGAACCUCCACAAACGGCUGUUUAUGUCCAAAUCUGAUUCCAGACACCAUCACAUCCGAACAGGACCUGUUCAAUAUGACCGUCACAUAGACAGGAAACCUGUCGACUUGUUUGAACCCCCGCUGCAGACCUCCUGUGAUGAACAACAGUCAUCAAACUUCAUCAUGAGGACUGAUCAAGAGUCUGAUGAUGCUGUCUCAAACGAAGAUCUGGAGAACUCGGGCAUGUGGGACUCUUUUGUGAUGGAGGAAGUCCCUGAAAUGAGAAUCUACAGUACGAUAGACCGAGGAAUAGCCCAGUACACCGGCGAAGAACUCUUGACAAAGAAAUCAAAGCAAGGUAAGCCUUCCGAGCCACAGCGACUCGGACAACAGGUGAUCCGCGAGUCAGCCAUGAUGGCCAAACUGUGGCAGGACGUUCCUCAGAGCAUACGGGCCAUCAGUGAACACCAGAAAAAAGUGUUCUACCAGUGCGCGUUCACACUGGCACCAAACCUCGUCCCUUUCCGGGACAUGUUGUGGAGAAGGCUGGGUGAAGCUCUUCAGAAUCGGAGAAAGUAUGUGCGAGAUCGGAGACUUGGCAAGAGGCCAACGAAGCGGGAACAGAGAAUCAUGAACGAAUCCCUGAGUCAGCAGGAAUCUGAGUCCGACUCCCAGGCUAGCCUUAGUUCAAUACAAGACAUUGAGAACAUUGUCAGAGUCAAAUCUGAAAAUCCACAUCAUUGACCACAAAAGACACUUCUUCAAAGAAAUAUACAGUAUACUGUCUAAACAGUUCUUUCGGCACAAAAUUAUCUUAACGCUCAGUUUAUGAUAUAGCAUAAGAGUUACGAUCAUCAUAGUGCUAAAAUCACUUUGUGCAUAUGGACCCAGAUCUUGAUAAACUGAAGUAAAUGGCACUUCUUCAAAGAAAUAUACAGUAUAUACUGUCUAAACAGUUCUUGCUGCACAAAAUCAUCUUAAUGCUCAGUCUAUGAUAUAGCAUAAGAGUUACGAUCAUCAUAGUGCUAAAAUCACUUUGUGCAUAUGGACCCAGAUCUUGAUAAACUUUAGUAAAUGGCACGAUUGGUAUAAGCGGCAAGAUGCUGGGAUCACAUGCACAAAAUCAUCUUAAUGCUCAGUCUGUGAUAUAGCAUAAGAGUUAUGAUCAUCAUAGUGCUAAAAUCACUUUGUGCAUAUGGACCCAGAUCUUGAGUAAAUGGCACUUCUUCAAAGAAAUAUACAGUAUAUACUGUCUGAACAGUUCAUUCUGCACUCUUAAAAACUACAAAGUAGUUUAAAUUAUUUCCUGUUUUAAACAUCUUUCUGUAAAAGAGUAUGUAGGUGCUACAAGACUUAAAAGAACUGCCAUACUCCCCCUUACUUUGAACCACUCCAAGUUAUGUCCAUCCAUGUUAUAAGAUCAACAUUUGCUUUUUUCAUAUUGGAUCACCUGUUUUCUAAAAAUUUGGAAAAAAUUAAAAUUAAUUUUACUGAUUAAUUUUUUUUCUGAACAUGUAUGCAUGUUUUCAUAUGUCAGAUGUAGAUAAUUCACUCAGUUAGGUAAAUCUGCAAUACUGCCAUGGGACUCACUGUUUGAUUUUCUGAGGGGUUCUCAAAAAGUCGUUUUUGCAAAAUGCUGUGAAAGAGAUAAUUUGUCCUCGGGUUUUAUGAAAAAAAAAAAUUGCUGGAUGUUCCAGAGUUUUGGGGGUAAUAAUAUGUUAAGUUCCUCCUCUGUGAUCCAAGUAAUAUUAAAUGUUGGCCUCAUCGUUCCUUCUUGGGCUGCAGGUAUUACCACUUAGGCGGCAAGAUGCUGGGAUCACAU